GUUACCACGGAGAUCACCGCUGUGACAGACACCUGAACUUUCAACUAUCUGUCUAUCUGGUGUAAAACCAUGUAGAAACUACAACAACCAGCUUGAGAAAGAGAGUUUGAUACAGAGAGAGAGAGAGACAGAGAGGGAGAGAGAGAGAGAGUUGUCGUCAUCAAAGGUGAGUCCAUCUCAAGGCUGUAGUCGUUAAGGCAGUGGAGAGGCCAGUUCUUUGCCUCCUGAAAGGGACAUAUGGCUUCAAACAGCAUCUUUGACACGUUCUCCAGUUACUCGUCCAGUUUACUGCGAGACCCGACCACGAGCAGACGGUUCACGCCGCCCUCCGCCUCGUUCCCCUGCGCCAAAGUGAGCGAGAGCCCGAGUAUGAGCGCAUCAGGUCCGCUGAGAACCGGACGGCACUUGGAGAACCGCUCCGUGGUGGAUGUGCUGGCGGAUCACGCCGGAGAGCUGGUGCGCACGGACAGCCCGAACUUUCUGUGCUCGGUUCUGCCGUCACACUGGAGGUGCAACAAAACUCUUCCCGUGGCUUUCAAGGUUGUGGCUCUGGGUGAUGUUCCUGACGGGACUCUGGUGACGGUGAUGGCGGGAAAUGAUGAGAAUUAUUCCGCGGAACUGAGAAACGCGUCUGCCGUCAUGAAGAACCAGGUGGCGCGAUUCAACGACCUGCGCUUCGUUGGCAGGAGUGGCAGAGGAAAGAGCUUUACCCUGACCAUCACUGUAUUUACUGGACCACCCCAGGUCGCCACAUACCACCGCGCUAUUAAAGUCACUGUAGACGGACCCCGGGAGCCAAGGCAAGGAAGUCAUAGAGGUUUUGAACAACAUGAGGGUCACCGUGUGAAGCCAGAUGACCCUCACAAGCAAUUCUCCGAUCGUCUAAGCGAUAUUGAGCGUUUCCAAAGGGCCAGUCUGAGGAUGAACCCUGGCAACGGGAACGCACGCUCCCACCAAUCACAUUACAGCCCCUCCAGCACUUCACAGAUAUCAGGAUUAUGGCCAGAUCAGAUCGACACUCCUGCAUUGAAGACAUGCAAAUUGGAAGACGAUUUACGCUGGACAAGUACAGAUCUGUUCCAGCAGAGAACAUCAUUCCCAUCUCUCUCUCCAUUAACGGCUUCUCGUUUCUCUGAUUCACACAUGCAUUACUCGGGUCCCUUCACUUACUCCCCCAACCCGUCCAGCACUGGAAUCGGCGGUCUCAGCGUGGCCGGGAUGCCUGCCUCCAGCCGCUAUCACACCUACCUGCCACCUCCGUAUCCUGGCAACCAGAACCAGAACUCCCACUUCCAGACCAACUCCUCGCCAUAUCACUUGUACUACGGCACCGGAUCUGGCUCCUACCAGUUCUCCAUGGUCCCGACCGGCGGCGGCGUGGGAACCGGGGGCGAACGGUCACCAACUCGCAUGCUGACGUCCUGUACCGCGGCAGGAGGAGGCGGGGGCGCCACAGGCGGGAACAACAGUCUGAUCAACGCUAGCCUCGGUAACCAGAGCGACGGGGUGGAUGCCGACGGUAGCCAUAGCAACUCGCCCACGGCGAUGAACGCUUCAACGCGCAUUGAUGAGUCUGUCUGGAGGCCUUACUGAGAAAUAGAGCACAGAGAAACUGAGUGUCUUUAAAAGAGAGCACAAUUAAGAGAAGUCUUGCAUGUUUGAUUGUUUUUUUUUUCCCGUCAUUCUAUGCCCACAUCUAUUGCUUCCAAGACAACCAAAGACAUUGAGUAGCCAGAGAUGCUCACAAACAGUGAAGAAUGGACAGAAAUGGACCUCAAAAUAGAGGAGGAAACAAGUUUCACAAUAAAAAGAAGGUGUACAUAGAAGAGUAAAAAUUAUCAUUAAAAACUAAAAAAAGGCAUCCCAUAGUAAUAUAUCAGGAACUUUUGUGUUACCAAAAAAAGCUGAUCAACCAAAGAAACAAAAGCAAGUGAUAUAUGGAGAUAUUCUUAAAAAAAAAGACAAUUUAUCCAGCCUUUAAAACCAAUCUGCCUUUUGUUUUGGACCAUGAGAUGCUGCAGAGAUCACAAGCAUUUGUCAUACAGACAUUAUGAAAGAACUCAAAGCUUCACAUAGUUGCAGGACUUUGGUGGUGUUGGCCUUAAAUGGCAAAGUGUUUGACUUUUAAUGUGUAAAUACAUCACAAAUGUACUUAAGAAUACAAAGCUGUGGCCCACGGGUUUCAGGUACUUCCCAAAUGGCUGCAAUAGUCUUUAAAUGAUAAGAUAUGAUCAUAUAUAAUAAAUACAAGCCUGGGUCAGUGUGAGGUACUGUUAUGCAAUCUCAGCGAAUUAAUUUUUCAGUGAAAGGAUUUUAGCGGGUAUCUCACAAAAGCCGUCAAGAACAUUUCUGGGUCGUAUUUCAUGCCAAAAUCAAAUGAAAUUCAAUCAAAUCAAGCCUGUUAUAGGACUAAUAAGAAUUUCUGCAUUAUUUUCAUGGCAUUUAAGCACAUUUCAUUCCCAAUUCUUAUUACUAUAAUGCAAAAAUACUCAUUAGUUUAGUUUGAAAAAGAAAAAAUAUAUAUAUUUAAACUGUAACGUAUUUAUACAUCAUGGUAGUAUCUGGUUAUUGCGAUCAUUUUUACUGUAUUAUAGUAUUAAAAAUCAAAUGAGAAUAAUUAGAGUUGCAAAAAAAAUAAGCAAAAGCACCCAUGUUUUAACAUAAAUGAGAAUUUGGGCAUAAAAUGUGUUUAAUUGUAAUGAAAAUAAUGUGAUAUCUUUAGGGGUUUAUUUUAUUCAUGUAAACGAAAUAAAAUUGAACAAAGCCUGUUUUUAGGACUAUAAAACAUUUUUUUAUUAUUAUUAUUUCCAUUACAUAUUAGCACAUUUCCUCCCCAAUUUUCACUACCAUAAUGCAAAACAAUUCAAUUAUCAUACAUAUUAUUUGAAAAAUAAAAAAUAAAUUUUUUUUUAAAUAUAUAUAUAUAUUUUGGGUUGACGGUUUUUGUGAGAUUCACCCUUCAGCUGUGGGUUUGUCAUUUUUUAAAUCGCUUAUAUAUGUGAAACAAAACCAUGUCUAUAACCCAGAGACAGACAGACGUUUGUGUUUUUUUAUUAUUUGGCUUCUUGCUUUGCGGCCAAAAUCACGAGCAAUUAGUUUGUCUUUUGAACUUGUGGAAACUCAUCUCUUUUGGAAUAGUUUUUAGAGUAAUUAUGUUUUUUUCUCAUUAUUGAUUGCUUUUAAUGACUUUGCAAUUUUUCAGACUAUUGUGGUUUGUUUGAACUCAUUUUUAUUGUUUGUCAUUUUCUUAUUAUUUAUUUGAGCCAAUGAGGUAACGUUCCUAUUUUGGAUCGGGUCACAAAACAUUUCGCAUUACUGUUUUAUUUUUACCAUGCUUUCGAUUUUCUUUGUUAAUCUUUAAUAUAAAAUUGGAAGUUGUGCUACUGUAAUAUAUUCUUUCUAAAUUAUACAAAAACUAAUUUUAAUGUAAUGUCUAUGUUUUCCAAUGCAGCUUUAAUGCACUUAAACAUUUAUUUAAGAGGAUAUAUUGUAUGUCCUUGUAAACCACAUAAUGGAGACACACCGUAAAACAUUCUUACCUGAUAGAAUUCCAGAUGAAAUGUUGUCAUAUUGCCCGAAAGGCCUCACCUCUUACUAGCCAAAGAGUCACACAAUCUCCUGUUGUCAUUGUACAUCUCGAAAGUGUGAAAAAUAUGUUGACCUACAUUAUCUGUCUGUUUUUCCUACCUUGUUCUUGGAAUGACUGAAAUCUGAGACAAAAAUUGGGCAUGUUUGAAAGGUGAUCAGCCUUGAUUAUUUGAAUAACAAAACCAUGCACAUGCUCAUACAAGGAGGGUAAAGUGGCCAUAACACACACACACACAUAAACACACACACAGUCGCGCAACAGGUGUAAGCGAAUAUUUCAGUGCAUAACCGAGAGGCUUUUCCCAUGCUCACACCUGCUGCCAUUACCUUAGGCCAGAGCGCCCUAAAAGACUGAAGGAAACAGGUAGAAAGAUAGAUGAAGAGAGAGAUAGAUCUCCUUUCACAAUCAUUGUUCGUCCUUCAGGCUGUUAUCCAAGCAAAAGUGCCUGUGUUCAGUCUGAUUCACGGCUGCUUUGAAGCCUUUACGGGGGCAGUUAUUUGCCUUUCCAUUGUGCCUCUCGUAUGAUUAUUGCCUAAAGCCGGAGGCAGAAGGAAAGAUGGAUUCAACAUGCAAGAUGGUCAUAAGUGUUACACGCAAGAAUCAUUUCCCUCCUGUCAGAGUUCUCUGUAACGUGGCACGAGAAACUAUUUGCUACUGCAAUUCUGUCUAAUGUAUAAAUGAAGAGUUUGAUUAUUGUCUAACAGUGCCUCAGUGUUUGAAUCUAUAAAUAAACAAUUUUCUUAA